AUGAAAAAAGAAGGAAAAACUAUGAAAAUUGGCCUAAGGAGGGGUUUGGAAAAUUUCUUGAUAUUGAUGAUCAAGAUUACAUUGAUAAAGGAUGUCAUAUCUUAUCAAGAGCUGAAGUUUUUGCGGAAUCAGAGGCAAUCUUCUCACUAA